AUGAGUGUGGCUUCCGCUGGCACUACUAGUAGUAGCAGUAACAAUUCUGCGGAUGAGGCUGACGAUGGUUGGAAGAGUUCGUGGAGCGCCUGUCAUUACAAGACCUGUUUGAGCCAAAGCUCUCUGGUUGCUUGUCCCGAGGAAGUUCAGAAAUUCAACAGCAACCAGGGCAAUGACAAAUCGAAGAUUUUAUGGUCGAUUCCCCAACAGAGUGAAGUGACCAUCUGGAAUUAUGCUUCGUCUUCAAGAGAACAUGAGAGCGGCGAGUCAAUGAAGACACACAAUGCCAUGAUGGAGUCUCUGGUUGUCAAUCAUCUUGCAUCAGUAGAGACAGAACAGGAGGAUGCUGCAAAUGAAAAGACUUCUUCUGACACACCGACAUCACCAAUGAAGCAACAAGAAUCCAGUGGUGGAGUCAUGCAGUAUGUGACGUCUGCGUUGAGUCCGAUUGCCGGUUUGUUUUCUCCCAGUCGUCCCAUGGUGUCUUCGUUCUAUGAUGAAGAGGACGACGCCUUGAAGGAUUGGUCGGAGUUUGCCAAGGCAUUGGAAGAGGAAGAAGAUGAUGCCAAGCAACCUCCAAAAAUCGACAAUACUACCAAUCCAGUUGCGUGGCAAGAUCCAAUAUUGAACAUACCCCUGACGGUAGAAUGUUUCCUCUGUUUGCAAGAGGCUGUGGAACAAUCAUGCCAAGCAGAGUUGACUACCGACCAUGGAUUUCCACUGAUGCUUUCACGACGGCGCUCGGCUACAAACACUACCUAUGACCAAUCCGAAACGCCCAAAUUCUGGAUUGAUUGGGUUCAAGCCGUGGGACACCGCAACAAUCAGCAUACACCCCAAACUCUAUUGACACGUCUUUCCGAGACUCAUAUCGAUUUCCUCCUCGAUUGUCUUGUCAGUACAGGAAAAAUCACACUAAUACAACAUGACGACGAAGAAUUAGUGGCAUUCAUGCCCAAACAACAACAAGAACAGCAAAUGUACCUUGAAUUCCUAGCUUCCUGGUACAAAAUCUCUCGUGCCGUGCAAGUUGUGGAACACCAACGGGAACAAUGGUCCCAGAAAUCUCAACAAUGGGCUCGUCGUGCCCUACAAGAACGUCAAUCAUCGAGCAUCGAGCAAGCUGGAUUGGUUUCAUUUAAAUUGCACAAGCAGUACCAGAAACACCUGGAAGAAACAGAGGGCACCCUGUUGAAUUUAGAACAGGCUCAACAUGCCAUGGAAACAUCCUGGCAUCAACAACAGCUCGUGGAUGCUUUGAAGACAUCCAACCUGGCUCUGCAGCAGCAACAACAACAACAAAAAAUUGGGGAGCAAGUAGACAAUGUCAUGGAAACCUAUCGCAAUGAAUUGGAAUUGCUUGGAACGAUGGAGCAAUCAUGGGCGUCUUCCACCCACCCUAGUACGGAAUUGGAUGAAGAGGACUUGAUGGCUGAGCUGGUGGGAUUGUCCCUCCCCCAUGAUAGUCAAGGCACACUAUUUCAAGGGAAUCACAAGCAGGGACUUCUCUCAUCAACAACUACUCCUAUGAAUUCUUCCAUUUGUGUAGGCCCACUUGGAACAACUAAGGGGUCCUCAUCCGCUCCAACACCCCUCAAGGAGAACAUCCUGGUGGCAUCCAAGGGAGAGGAAAGAAGCACAAAGAAGGCACUGGUGGCAGGCUGA